AUGGAACACAAGGCAUAUUGGGCUUUGAAAUUUCUAAACAUUGAUGAGAAGGCAUCCAUGGAGCACAGAAAGAUCCAAUUGUUGGAGCUAGAAGAAAUGCGAUUAACAGCUUACGAAUACUCACGACUUUGCAAAGAGAAAGUCAAGACAUAUCAUGAUAAGAAAUUGUUGAAGAGAGAAUUCAAACUGGGACAAGAGGUACUACUUUUUAAUUCAAGAUUGAAAUUAUUUCCUGGUAAGCUGAAGUCCAAAUGGUCUGGACCCUUCAUGAUCAAGAAAGUUCGAUCUUAUGGUGCAAUAGAGUUAUAUGAUCCACAAUCUCAAACUCCUGACAGAACAUGGGUUAUAAAUGGUCAGAGGUUAAAAUUGUACCAUGGUGAAGAAUUUACAAGGACACAUAGCACUGUUCAUUUGAUUGCCCAUUGA